UCAAGUGAUCGAGGAUCGAAGGAAUUAAGCUACGGAGUGGUAUUUGCUUGACCCCUCAAGGUUCAAUCGUGCCAUUGACAGUGUUGGCUUACAAUUAUCCAAUCGUUCCAAUCCGGAGCUCUUUGAAAUCACGUGCUAGUACGUCAGUUGUUUGCAUGUGAGCAGAAACGACAAGCCACUGCACUCGACUCUCGAUAAUACUCCAUUCUCUUGUGCACAAAAUGUCGAACUCUGAACAGCCCAGUCAUAGCUCGACUCCGAGGUCAUUCACAAGCCAAACAGUCUCGGCAGAAGACUUGCUCAAGUCGCAGACGGUUGGUCUCGUUCAUCUCUCCGAUUUUCGCAAGCGCCGCGCAGAAGUUCUAGAGCAGAAGGAGCGAGAAGCACAUGAUAAGUCGCUUGGAAGAGGCUCAUCCGGUGUUUCUAGAAGUGCCACUCCUUCUGCGGGCGAUGUGACUGACGGUAAUUCAACCUCCCGAAGCGAUGCCCCCCCUAAAAAGAAAAAGAAGAAGCCCCUGGUGAAGAGCAAGCUUUCAUUCCACAACGAUGAUGAGGAAGAGGAGGAGAUCGAUAGUGCUGCCGGUACUCCACGCGACUCCAGUAUUCCACGCUCCGCCUCGAGGACUCCCGUUGACGACUUUGCGCCACCAUCACGGCGCAUCACACCGAACCCGAAUGCACCACCCCCACCGAAGGCAAUGACAAAGGCUGCAUUGAAGGCGGAGGCGGAGGCACGGGAUGCUCUCCGUAGGGAGUUCCUGGCAAUGCAGGAAGCCGUGAAAAACACGGAGAUAUUGAUCCCCUUUAUCUUCUAUGAUGGGACGAACAUCCCAGCCGGGACAGUCAGAGUCAAGAAAGGCGAUCCAGUCUGGCUGUUUCUUGACAGAUGCCGGAAGGUCGGAGCUGAGCUGGGUGUUGGUGGUAACAGCGGAGCCUCGAAAGCUCGCAAGGACAAUCGUCGUGAGUGGGCCAGAAUUAGUGUCGACGACUUAAUGCUAGUCAAGGGAGAGGUUAUUGUCCCACACCACUACGAGCUUUACUACUUCAUCGCCAACAGUGUCCCCAGCUUCUCGAGCGCUGGUGGUCUGUUGUUCGAUUAUUCUAACAAGCCGCCGUCGGCUCCCAAAUCCGACGAUCCUCUCUCGAGGCCGAACAGCGAACAGCUGGAAGGAGCUGAUAAGGAUCCGACACUAACCAAGGUGGUCGAUAGACGCUGGUACGAGCGCAACAAGCAUAUUUUCCCUGCGAGCUUGUGGCGGGAAUAUGAACCCGGAGCAGAGUUUGAGGAGAAGAUGCGGACUACCAGGCGUGAUGCGUCCGGGAACACAUUCUUCUUCUGAAGUGAUGGUGCAGCCAAGAUCCUAGAUCUAUAGAUGAUAUGCCAAGGCGCGAAAUGUUAUGUAUGCUAAGAUACCCGUAUAAACCCG